AUGGUGAGCAUAUUUCCGUUGAGACCGCCUGAUCCUCCCUACUUCAGUGGAACAGAAGAAAUCUUCGAUGGAAUAUCAUCAAAUAUAACUUGCACAUCAAACAAUGGCUACCCUACACCAACUUUCCAGUGGUUUCUUGACACAAAGAACAUCACUAAGGAUUCAGACAGCAUAUCUUCUAGGAACAAAAAUCAUCGGGUUGAUGCUAGAAGUGUGCUAGCUAUAACACCAACGAGACACGAACACGGACAACGACUUGUCUGCGAAGUUCAUCAAGGUGUCCACCAGGAUAGACCAUCGAUAAAGGCUUGGAGUGUUAUUAGUAUUCUUCGUGUUCUUUAUUCUCCAGUCAUUGUGGACCAUUCUGUUCGUCGGGUACCUGUUGAUGGAGAUAGCGUGGAUGCCUUGCUCACGUGUACAUCAGAUAGUAGACCUGUGGCCUCGAUAACCUGGUUCUGUAAUGGAAAGCAACUCAACAAUAGCACCCGUCGUCAGAUUCAUCAGGGUCUUACAGAAGAAGAUACCUUGACUUCGAGUGUUCUGAUCAUUUCAAAAAUUUCUGCACAAGACGAUGGCUACUAUACAUGUUUUGCUGAGACGAUGCUUGGGGAAGAUUCUGAAACUCAAUUUUUUUCAUAUUCUAGUAAAAUCUUUCAUUUACAUUAUACUUUGUUUGCCUGUCGUUGUCUAUUAAAUUUAUUUUAAUCUAAAAGAGUCAUUUAAAGCUGAUAGAUAAUCAUAUAUGUACCUAUAGAACUCCAUAGUUUGCCCCAACUAUGCAGAAUGAAGUCAUGCCUUGUGAAAGUAUGAAUAUCAAAGACGUCUCCCUUGAGACCUAAACAUUACAUUAGUAGUACGAGAACGAGUUGCAUUUUCGUAAUUGCACCUUUCUGACCGCGGGAAACCAUCACGUUAUCUGUAUUAUAAUUUUUCCUCUGUCGUUCCCGCUCCAAAUAUCGAUAUUAAAAUGGCAAGAUGAAAUGGUUGACCAAAUAAAUGAAUUAAUUUGACAGUUCGCAAACUACUGGAAGCUAUCUGAAAUUAAUUCUGUCUAAAACACACUCUCAAAGAAGACCGACUCGUGAGCUACAUGUUAUUCUUUUAAAAUGAAAGAUCGUAAACAGAUAAUACUAUUUUUAUAGUAUAUAUAGAAAUGUUUUAUCUUAUUGAGCACAAUUGGUAAUUUCAGUAUUCAUGUUUCCGACUUUAUUGCUCAUUUGAAAUGUAAUUAAACCUUUAUCAUAGUUUAUCAUUUGCUUUUUUUUAAUAAUAUCAAUAUUGUAAUUACUUGAACAUGUUGCAAUGAUAUUCUGUUAAAGUUGCUAAUGGUCCAUAAAUUCAAAAACAUUCCCAAGAUCUGUAUUACAUUCAACUCUUAAAAUUCCAUCCUUGUCACUUAUCUUCAAUGGCCAUUGAAUUACAAGUUCGGAAAGGAGACGUAAAAGAAAUGGAUAAGCAUAUUGGAUGGAUGGUGACAAGAGGGGGUGGGGGGGGGGGGCUUACCGAAAAUUUGUAGCACUUAUAUAUUAGGGCUUAUGCAAAGCAAUUAAUUAAUAAAAUCUGAAUUGCACGAAUAAGUUUCAAU